GUCAACACUCCAGAAAAAUUCAGCUCAACAGCAGAUAUAACCAUCCAUCUUUUGGAUAUUAAUGAUAAUGUGCCAAAGUUUUCCUCAGAGUAUUAUGUUGCUAGAAUCCCAGAAAAUUCCCCAGGAGGCUCCAAUGUUGUCGCUGUGACGGCAACCGACUUGGAUUCUGGACUUUGGGGUGAAAUCAAGUAUUCCAUAUAUGGUGCCGGAUCUGAUCCCUUUCUGAUUCACCCUUCAACUGGUAUCAUUUAUACUCAACCGUGGGCCUCACUUGAUGCUGAAGAUAACUCUAAAUAUAACUUCUAUGUCAAAGCUGAGGAUACUGAAGGGAAGUAUAGCUUAGCUGAAGUGUUUGUUACUGUACUCGAUAUCAAUGAUCAUUGCCCAGAAUUCAGUGAGAACAUUCAGGAGAAGACAAUGGUCAUUGGAUCCCCAGUAAAAAUAGAGGCAACUGAUGAGGAUGCAGAAGAACCAAACAAUGUAGUAAAUUAUUCCAUCAUGCAAGCUGAUCCAGACAAUGUAUUUGAUAUAGACCAGAAUACUGGAGAGAUAAAACUCAAAUCCUAUAUCCGGUCUCUGGAUGUAAUUCAGAACAUCACCCGGAACAAGAAUUGCAAAUGGUCUGUGGUUGUACAGGCAAAAGACAGAGGUUCCCCAUCAUUCAGCACGACUGCAGUGGUCAAGAUUGAUGUAACUGAGGAG